AAGGCACAUGCAAAUUAGGGAGUGGCAGUGUCCUUUUCUGAUUGGCCGCUAUAGCUACCCAAUCGGGUGGCACCGGCUCCCCUACCUCCAGACCAUAUAUAAGGGCUCACAGCGCAGCGAAGCUUCGUUUCUCGGGGUCCCGUUUUCCGACUUUCUUCCCUCUUCACGCCGAAGAUGUCUGGUCGCGGCAAGCAGGGCGGUAAGGCGCGCGCCAAAGCAAAAUCUCGCUCGUCGCGCGCUGGCCUGCAAUUUCCCGUUGGCCGAGUGCACCGGUUGCUUCGCAAAGGUAAUUAUUCUGAACGUGUGGGUGCCGGCGCGCCUGUGUAUUUGGCGGCGGUGCUGGAGUACCUGACAGCCGAAAUCCUGGAGCUGGCGGGCAACGCCGCCCGCGACAACAAGAAAACGCGCAUCAUCCCGCGCCACCUACAGUUGGCCAUCCGCAACGACGAGGAGCUCAACAAGCUGCUGGGUCGCGUGACCAUCGCGCAGGGCGGUGUCCUGCCCAACAUCCAGGCGGUGCUGCUGCCCAAGAAGACGGAGAGCCACCACAAGGCCAAGGGCAAGUGAGGCCGCGGAGGCGGGCCGGAAACGGCCGUGCGCCCCGGGGGGGGCCCCCGUGACACCAAAGGCUCUUUUCAGAGCCACCCACAGCCUCGAGAAAAGAGCCGUACUGGCGGAGGCCUGCGUCCUCCUGAGUGCGUUCCUGUGCAAGGCAGGGCACACAGGAAGCCGAACCCGAGACAUGAUUGGGGUGCGCAGAGGGACACCGUGGGCUGCGUGCUCGUUAGCUGUGGGGAAUGUUGCCCGACAGGCAAUCCUUUUUGUUGAAUUUCGCCCCGAGGCUUCUGGCAUUUCAGUCCCGCUCAUUGGAGGUGUGUAUGUUAUUGCCCAUGGCAAACUAGUUUGGGCUUUGCAAAGUGUCACUCGGUGACAUUUAGAUGCCAACCAAGUACGAGCAGUUUUUAUCCCAGGAAGUCUGGUAGAUUCAUCUGGUAUUACAAGUAUGUAAUCUUGAGCGAGAAUUUGCCAUUUGAGGUUCUGAUACGUAAACAUGGCUACCAUUUUAAAAUGUAUGAAUGCAUGAGUUGAAAUUGAAACGUUCUUAGAGCGCCUGCGAUCCACCGGAAUUGUCUAAUUUAUUGGAUUGGAAAUUCUCAGGUCUUGGGAAGGGUUUGUUUUGCUAGAGGCAUUUUCCCGAUUUGAAAAGUACGAAAGUAUUAAUAUUUUUAAAGUAAGUGUAAACAUCGAGGAAAUUUCCUUGUAAAUAGAAUAAUCAUGUAAAACAAUUUAAAUGGUUAAGUUUGGGUUGGUCAAACAUUAAUCAGAUCCCCUUAAAUUGAUAGCUAAAAUUAGGAUAAUUUGUGCAUUGAGUUUGACAAGGAAAACUACUUUUGUGAAUUUAGUAAAUUUAAAAUGACCACUAUUAGGACCAGAUUAAGUAAUACAUAUGUGGAUAUUUCAGAAGAUGACUGUUCAUGAAUUCCACCUUCUAUUAUGAGUGGGGGUUGGAGUGGCCCAGAGAUUCUUCUGCAAACUCAACUGAGGAUGUUAAUAGUACCUACUUCAUGGAAUGAAGGGAUUAAAUGAGUUAGUUCAUGAUAAUCCCUUUUUUAAAAAAUCCACAGUACAAUAUAAGUGCACAGU